CUCUAUUAUUGGUUCCGACGGCGUCUAGCAUGCUGUUUACGCGAAUACUUUGCACAGCCCAUAGAUUCAACCUCCGAGUUGCAACACUGCAAAUACACCUUGAUUCCGCAAUCCUUUGACUGCAAUCUAGAAAUUGGGAAAUAUACUAUCGAGAAUUAUUGGCCUACUUUUGAGCGGUGUCAAGUCAAUUUGGAUUCACUCACGCUCCGUCUUUCCGAAUUCAUCGAUGAAGGUUCCAUCUCCUGAUGCAAUAUCCGAUUCUGACCAGAAUGCCAACAUAAUUCCGCCUUCAGAGUCUCAAGGUGCGAUACCUCAUGCCAGUUCUACUGCAGAAGGUGAAGGCCCUGUCUUGGAGGUAACGACACACUCGCCGCCCGGCUUGAGCAGUGCAGAAACAGCUUCAGAACUCCUGAGCUGCGAUUCUCAUUUUGUAUUCCCAAACCCUCAGGCCCAGGAGGACCUCACUUUCCCCGUAGUCACCAUUUCUGCCUUCACUGAAACGGGCCAGCAGCAGUCGUCGAUCAAAGUUCCAUUACAACGAUCCUACACUGGUCGAAAGCCCGUAAUAUCAUCCUCCACCCGAGUCCCAAGAGGUAAUAUUACACCAGCAAGCAGUUCUACUGAAGAUGACGAUCCUAUCGUGCAGGAUAUCCCGCAGUCGUCCUUCAGCUUCCAUCCAGAACGACUCUCCGAAUCAUCAAUUCUGGGGUCUUCUGUGGCCAUGAUUAACGACCAUCCGGCCGGUGAUAUUACGCAUAUUGGCGAUGCAUUCCCCAGUCCUGGUGAUUAUGAAUUUCACUUGCUGGCAAGAAUGUUGAGGUGUUAUGGAACCUUUCUCGCUUCCUAUACUGAGGCGGGCCGAGACGAAUGGUCGAUCAAAGUGCCAUUGCAACGGGCUUACAUUGGGGCAAAACCUGCUAUAUCAUCCUCCCUUGCUGACACACCCUGCACUACUCUCGGUGUUCAGGGCAUCUUGGAUGAACUGAAUGCCACACUCGGAACGUCAUACACCCUGGACAUACCGACUCUCUCUUCUGUUCUCGAAGACUGCGUCAAGAGUGACUAUGACUUUGGCACUGCAUAUAGCCGUCUCCGCGCGGUAUGGGGCAUCAAACGCCGGAACACCAUCCAAGAUGAGAUACGUACACGCGAAGCUCGGGACCAGGAGAAGCGACGGAAUGCACUUGUCGGUAACCGGAUUGUCAACCCGAAAUUGGAACCUCGACGGGUCUGGGAUCUAUACGCUAAUCGGGUGGUGCCAUGGUGGAGCAGCGACGCGUUUCUAUGGAUGGUCCCGUGGCCAAGUGGUACACGGAUUGUUCUGCCGGUAUCGCAUGCGUGGAUGGACGCGAAGGAUCGCGUCGACGUCUGGACACCUAUCAAUGGGAAGGAAUGGCCCGUACCGAUCCCAAAAGAUGCCAGCCUUGACCUCAUCCGCAUCGAGAUGCUGAAUCUGGGAGUGGAAUACACGUGGUUGGAUGUCCUCUGUUUGAGACAGGAGGGCGGGCCAAGGGACGAUCUGCGUGCAGAAGAGUGGAAGAUCGAUGUGCCCACUAUCGGAUGUGUGUAUGCGAACGCUGAAGUCAUGAUCUAUCUGAGUGGGCUGGGGCGGCCUUUAACUCUGAAGGAGGGCGACUUGGAUAGUGAUUGCUGUUGGUUUAGACGCGCAUGGACACUACAGGAGAUUGGCAGGCAGAGGAUCAUUGUCGGGGAUACAUCUGAUGGACCGCUGCAUGCAAAACCAAUAGACAAGGAUGGGAACUAUGAUACUGAGAUACUGACUAGGUUUCACAAGCAGCUGCGGUCCAUCAGCGCUGUCUAUGAUCCGUUUCUGCAGCCGGCACUCAUCUCCAGGAUGUUUAAUGUCUUGUCCAAGAUGCAGAACCGGGUGUCGACCAAUCCUGUGGACAAAGUCAUGGGACUGGCAUUCCCUCUGCUCCCCAGGAUGAUACCGGCAUACCGAGAGAGCGAAUCUCUCGAAGAUGCAUGGACGGAAUUGGUGAAUGCAAUGGAUGUGGAGAAUCGGGGUCUGGUGUUCUUCCAGUAUCCUGAACCAGGAGAUACAGGCACGAAGUGGAGACCGUCAUGGGCGCAGGUUAUGCAGAAUCCUCUGCCUGUGGAUAACUACUCCUUGAUGAGUGUGGACCUGGAUGAGGAGACGAAUGAUAGCUGGUGUGAAGGGCACUGCAUUGAAAAGGUAUUUGUGGGAGGUUUGGCUGUGGGAGGUGCGGCAGAGGUUGAUCGACGUGGCGAGUUGAUCAUUAAAGAUGCCAUUGGAACAGAACAUACAUUUGACAUCAUUGCACGCCACAAGUUCCCAAUACCUGAAGACAUGUACACAUUGCUUGGUAUGGAUCCAAAGGCUCUCCAACUGGUUCCGAAGCAACAUUGGAUCGUCGGGCGAAGACUGUCUGACAAAAAGUUUGAGAAAGUGUCCGUGUUUGAAAUGGUCAAUGAAGAAGCACGGAGGCUGGAGCAUCUGUGCAUUACUAAACAGUGUUGGAACAUUCUUAUUUGAAGCCAUUCAUAGUUCACUGCACAUAUCCGAUGGCACAUCCCAUCCAUUAAGAUACUCACAAUAAAAUAUAAUUAGCAUUCUCCACUGUAUGUAUGCUUUGUCACGCACCAAUG